CCAGGCUGGGGACAGGGAACAGACAGACAGACAGACAGCAUGAGACUCACGCUCGCCUGGCUCAGCGUCUGCCUGGCGAUUUAUUGCAGCGGCCACGGCCAUGGCCACAGCCACAGCCACAGCCACAGUCAGGUCCAAGGCAAUGUGGUACUAUCUUUGCCACCAUCGCUUAUCGCCACGGCCACGGAGGCGGCGGCCUUGAGGCAGCAACAGCAGCAGCCACUGCGCUGGAAAAAGGAUGCACGCGUCCUGUUUGACAGCGGCAACGAUGCACUGCGCGAUAUGCUGCAGAGUCUGCCCCACAACCAGCACCACGACAAUGUGGAUUUGGAUGUGGAGCAGCAGCCGCAAGUCGCGGAUUUUAAUCGAAAAGCACUGCACGAGGCAGAUGAUUUAGUUGGGGCACAGGAAAUUGCAGGCGCACAGCAGCGGGGCAGCCACUAUGGCGGUGCCACGCCCAGCCACAAAUACGGGGCCAGCCGCUGCCAGGGUCGCCUGGGUCCGUCUGCCAAGUGUCCGCAGGAAUAUUAUCGCGCCAUGAUGGCAGCCAGGAACAAAGAGGCCAUGGCCCGUCUGCACAUGCAGCACAACUCGAUGCAGGACAGCUCUGACAGCUAUAACGAGCAGCGGCUGCUGGACAGCGAUGAGGAGGAGCAGGAUGAAGAGCAAACCAACAGCAAUGAGGUCUUCAUGCUGCUCACUGGCGAACAGGACCUCAUCAAGUUCCUGCACUGGGCCAUGCAGCUGCUGUAUCCCUACGAGCGGCCCGAGGGCAAUCGCAGCGAGAGUGCCGCCGAGCACUACCAUCCGGGCAUGUUCCUGUGGAAGAAGCUCAAUCUCUCGGGCCACCUCGAGCCACCGCUGAUUGUGGAUGAGCCGCAGUUUGUGCUGGUGCGACGCGAGAAGCUGCUGGAUGGCUAUCAUUUGGACGACAUGACCAAGGAGGACGAUCCCUUUAUACCCCCACGUGGACGCAAACACAACUCCCCCGAUCUGAAUGCUCUGCUCAAUCGUUAUGAGACUUUUGUGCCGAAUCGCGGCAGGCGCGACAAGGUCAAGGAUCUGUUCAAGUACGACGAUCUGUUCUUUCCGAAUCGCGGCAAAAAGCAGCGCAACAUUUUCCACCUCGACGAUCCCUUCUACCCGAAUCGCGGCAAGAAGCUGAAGCUGCGCGAUCUCUACAACAUUAACGAUCCAUUCUUUCCGAAUCGCGGCAAGCGGCACUUGACCAAGGCACCGGGGCCUGGCAUCGAUCAGUGGGGAAAACUGCUGCCAGAUGACAGCGAGAGCGACAGCGACAGCGACAACUGGCCGCAAGGAAUGUCAACGCAUAAAAUGAAUGGCUACGAUCCAUCAGUCAGGCCAUCAAUGUCAGUGGUGGAUCCUACGGCUGCUGCAGCUGAGGGCGCUCGCUGGCGACGUCUGGCCGGAGGAUUGCUGCAGCCCGCUAAUAGAUUACACUCGACAAGAUCAAUGUCAGCAAGUGGACAACAAGCGAUGGCAAUGGGAGUGCAACAAUUGUUGCCACAAGGCAAUCCGUACAUGCCCCGCCAGCAGCAGGUGAAGCCCGCAGUCUGGCAGCAGCGCCUCAAGCGUUCGCUGCGGCUGGCAGAUGCCCCCGAGACACAAUUAACGCGUGCACCCAAUGCUAAUCCCACAAAAAUCGACACUGAAACGGACUCGGACACGGACACGGAUGCUGCGUGGGCCUGGGACACGGAGGCUGCCAAUUGGCGCAUUUAAAUUGCAGU